AACUUGACAGAGUCAGUAGGAAGUUUCUGCUGGGGUCUGGAGUGGAACUACAUAAAUCAGACCGUCCCUGCAUGACUGGACACUAAAGCAGAACCCCGGAUACAAAGAGUCUUCAUGUCUAAUAUUUAGACAUGUUCAGCUUUGUGGAUUCCCGGUUACUGCUUUUGAUAGCAGCAACUGUUCUACUCACCAAAGGCCAAGGCGAAGAAGACAUUCCACCUGGAAGCUGCACACAGGGCGGUUUAAAUUACAAUGACAGAGAUGUUUGGAAACCAGAACCCUGCCAGAUCUGCGUGUGCGACAGCGGUACCAUCCUUUGUGACGAGAUGAUCUGCGAAGACGUAUCAGACUGCCCCAACCCUGAGCAACGCUUUGGAGAAUGCUGUCCAAUCUGUCCUGGUGCCGAUUCUCCUGCUUCCUACCCAGAAGCCACUGGAGUAGAGGGUCCUAAAGGAGAACCAGGCCCAAGAGGAGAGAGGGGACCUCCAGGCCCACCUGGAAGAGAUGGUAUCCCUGGACAACCUGGUCUCCCUGGACCUCCAGGCCCCCCCGGCCCCCCAGGCCUCGGCGGAAACUUCGCUCCUCAGCUGUCUUACGGUUAUGAUGAAAAAUCUGUUGGCGGCCUUUCUGUUCCUGGUCCAAUGGGUCCAUCUGGUCCCCGCGGUCCCCCUGGUCCUCCUGGUGCACCUGGUCCCCAAGGUUUCCAAGGUCCCCCUGGUGAACCCGGAGAGCCUGGUGCUUCUGGUCCAAUGGGUCCCCGUGGUCCAGCUGGCCCACCCGGAAAGAACGGAGAUGACGGUGAAGCUGGUAAACCUGGCCGUCCUGGUGAGCGUGGUCCUCCAGGCCCACAGGGCGCCCGUGGUCUUCCUGGAACUGCUGGCCUGCCAGGCAUGAAGGGACACAGAGGUUUCAGCGGUCUUGAUGGUGCUAAGGGUGAUCCUGGUCCAGCUGGUCCCAAGGGUGAGCCUGGCAGCCCUGGUGAGAAUGGUGCUCCUGGACAAGUGGGUCCCCGUGGUCUUCCUGGUGAGAGAGGCCGCCCUGGUGCUCCUGGCCCUGCUGGUGCUCGUGGUAAUGAUGGUUCUCCAGGUGCUGCUGGUCCCCCAGGUCCCACUGGUCCUGCUGGCCCCCCUGGCUUCCCUGGUGCUGUUGGUCCCAAGGGUGAAACUGGCGCCCAAGGUUCUCGUGGCAGUGAAGGCCCACAAGGUGCUCGUGGUGAACCCGGCCCACCUGGUCCUGCUGGUGCAGCUGGUCCUUCUGGCAACCCCGGUACUGAUGGCCAACCUGGUGCCAAAGGAUCACCUGGUGCUCCUGGCAUCGCUGGUGCUCCCGGUUUCCCUGGCGCUCGUGGCCCCGCCGGACCUCAAGGCCCUGCUGGUGCUCCUGGUCCCAAGGGUAACAGCGGUGAACCUGGUGCUCCAGGAAACAAAGGAGAUACUGGUGCCAAAGGAGAAACUGGUCCUGCUGGUGUCCAAGGCCCCCCUGGUCCACCUGGUGAAGAAGGCAAAAGAGGAUCUCGUGGUGAGCCUGGACCUGCUGGCUUGCCUGGACCCGCCGGUGAACGUGGUGCUCCUGGAAGCCGUGGUUUCCCUGGCGCUGAUGGCAUUGCUGGUCCCAAGGGCCCUCCUGGUGAGCGUGGCUCUCCCGGCCCCGCUGGCCCCAAAGGAUCAACUGGUGAAGCUGGACGCCCUGGUGAGCCUGGUCUCCCUGGAGCCAAGGGUCUGACUGGUAGCCCUGGUAGCCCUGGUCCCGAUGGCAAGACUGGACCCCCUGGCCCUGCUGGUCAAGAUGGUCGCCCUGGGCCUGCAGGUCCACCUGGUGCAAGAGGCCAAGCUGGUGUGAUGGGAUUCCCUGGACCUAAAGGCGCAGCUGGUGAACCUGGCAAACCUGGCGAGAGAGGUGCUCCUGGAGCUGUUGGUGCUGUUGGUGCUCCUGGCAAAGACGGUGAAGUUGGUGCUCAAGGACCUCCCGGCCCAACUGGUCCUGCUGGAGAAAGAGGUGAACAAGGUCCAUCUGGUGCUCCUGGAUUCCAGGGUCUUCCUGGCCCCGCUGGUGCCCCUGGUGAAGCUGGAAAGCCUGGUGAACAGGGCGUUCCUGGUGAUGUUGGUGCUCCUGGUCCUGCUGGUGCAAGAGGUGAGAGAGGUUUCCCCGGUGAACGUGGUGUCCAAGGUGCCGCAGGUCCUCCUGGCCCCCGUGGGGCUAACGGUUCUCCUGGUAACGAUGGUGCUAAGGGUGAUGCUGGUGCUCCUGGUGCUCCCGGAAAUCAAGGUCCUCCUGGCCUCCAGGGUAUGCCUGGUGAACGUGGCGCUGCUGGUCUGCCUGGUGCCAAGGGAGACAGAGGUGACACAGGUCCCAAAGGUCUUGAUGGUGCUCCUGGCAAGGAUGGACUUAGAGGAUUGACUGGACCCAUUGGCCCACCUGGCCCAGCCGGUGCUCCUGGUGACAAGGGUGAAGCUGGUCCCCAAGGUCCUGCUGGACCCACUGGUGCUCGUGGUGCUCCCGGGGAUCGUGGUGAGCCUGGCCCUGCUGGACCCGCUGGAUUUGCUGGCCCCCCUGGUACUGAUGGACAACCCGGUGCUAAAGGUGAACCCGGUGAUGCUGGUGCUAAAGGUGAUGCUGGUCCUCCUGGCCCUGCUGGAGCCACUGGCCCUGCCGGCCCUGCUGGUCCUAUUGGUGCUCCUGGACCCAAAGGUGCUCGUGGAAGUCCUGGACCCCCUGGUGCUACUGGAUUCCCUGGUGCUGCCGGAAGAGUUGGACCCCCUGGCCCCUCUGGAAACAUCGGUCUUCCUGGCCCACCAGGCCCCGUUGGAAAGGAAGGUGCCAAAGGACCCCGUGGUGAGACUGGACCCGCUGGCCGUCCUGGCGAAGCUGGCCCCGCCGGCCCACCUGGACCUCCUGGUGAGAAGGGAUCUCCCGGUAGCGAUGGACCUGCUGGUGCACCUGGUACACCUGGCCCACAAGGUAUUGCCGGACAACGUGGUGUAGUUGGUCUUCCCGGACAAAGAGGCGAGAGAGGUUUCCCUGGUCUUCCAGGACCAUCUGGCGAGCCUGGCAAACAAGGCCCAUCUGGCGCAUCUGGCGAACGUGGACCUCCUGGCCCAAUGGGACCCCCUGGCUUGGCUGGACCCCCUGGUGAAGCUGGACGUGAGGGUUCUCCUGGUGCAGAAGGUGCUCCUGGACGUGAUGGUCCCGCUGGUCCUAAGGGUGAUCGUGGCGAGACUGGCCCUGCUGGUCCUCCUGGCGCUCCUGGUGCCCCUGGUGCCCCCGGCCCUAUGGGACCCGCUGGCAAGAAUGGAGAUCGUGGCGAGACAGGUCCCGCUGGCCCUGCUGGUCCCGCUGGCCCUGCUGGUGCUCGUGGUGCUGCUGGUCCACAAGGUCCACGUGGUGACAAGGGUGAGACCGGUGAACAAGGUGACAGAGGCAUGAAGGGUCACAGAGGUUUCUCUGGCCUCCAGGGUCCUCCUGGUCCCCCUGGUUCUCCUGGUGAACAAGGUCCUUCUGGUGCUUCUGGCCCUGCUGGUCCAAGAGGUCCUCCUGGUUCUGCUGGUGCCCCUGGCAAAGAUGGUCUGAAUGGUCUUCCUGGUCCCAUCGGCCCACCUGGUCCCCGUGGUCGUACUGGUGAUGUUGGCCCUGCUGGUCCUCCUGGACCUCCUGGCCCACCUGGUCCCCCAGGCCCACCUAGCGGUGGCUUUGACUUCAGCUUCCUGCCCCAGCCUCCUCAGGAGAAAGCUCAUGAUGGCCGCUUCUACAGAGCUGAUGAUGCCAAUGUGAUGCGCGACCGUGACCUGGAAGUUGAUACUACCCUCAAGAGCCUGUCCAUGCAGAUUGAGAACAUCCGUAGCCCAGAGGGAACCCGUAAGAACCCAGCCCGCACUUGCCGUGACCUGAAGAUGUGCCAUGGAGACUGGAAGAGUGGUGAGUACUGGAUUGACCCCAACCAAGGCUGCAACCUGGAUGCCAUCAAGGUCUACUGUAACAUGGAGACUGGAGAGUCCUGUGUCUACCCAACUCAUCCCACAAUCCCCAAGAAGAACUGGUACAUCAGCAAGAACCCCAAGGAGAAGAAACAUGUCUGGUUUGGCGAGGCAAUGAGCGACGGCUUCCAGUUCGAAUAUGGUGGUGAGGGAUCCAACGCAGCUGAUGUUGCCAUCCAGCUGACCUUCUUGCGCUUGAUGUCCACUGAAGCCUCCCAGAACAUCACCUACCACUGCAAGAACAGCGUGGCUUACAUGGAUCAACAGACUGGCAAUCUGAAGAAGUCUCUGAUCCUCCAGGGCUCCAAUGAGAUUGAGAUCAGAUCAGAGGGCAACAGUCGCUUCACUUAUGGAGCCACUGAAGACGGUUGCACGAGUCACACUGGUAGUUGGGGAAAGACAGUCAUCGAAUACAAGACGACAAAGACCUCCCGGUUGCCUUUCAUUGAUGUGGCUCCCAUGGACGUUGGUGCCCCAGACCAGGAAUUCGGCCUUGAGAUUGGACCUGUCUGCUACUUGUAAACCCCAAAGGAAACCUGACAGUUUAAAAAAUAAAAUAAAAAACAGCCAAAAAAGAAGGAAAUUUCACAUGGACUUGAAUUUGUGUCUUUUUCUAUCCAUCAUCUCUAAAACUAUUUUCGUUUCCGUUUAAAAAAAAACAAAAAAAGCAUUAAACCAAAAAAAUAAAAAUAAAUGACUUUUCAAAAAUAAUUAAGGAAGUGCAUCCACUUGCUUGACUUUUUUUAUUAUUAACACCCCCUGAAGACAGAAUGGUUUGAUUUUACCUUGUGUUUUUUUUAAAGAUCAAGUAAUAGCUCGGGACCACUAUUUGCACAUUCCAAAAAUACAUAUAUUAAAGCCAUAAAAAUGAUGAAAUGAGUCCAAAGCAUGCAACACUUGAAAUACUUUAACAACAAGGUUUGGAAAAUCUGUUAGUCCCACAAAAGUAAUGCUAAACUAGUGGUAGAACCUGCCCUUUACAAAAUAAUAAUUUCCCCACACUUAACCUGGAGUUAGUUUGUUUAAAAAUCCCAAAAUUUACCUACAGGCCAUAUUUCUCUGCUGACAACUUUAUACAGAAAGAUUUUUCUUUUCUUUUCUUUCUUUCUUUCUUUUUUUACACAGAGCAAUACCACUGAAACGAUUAUUCUUUCAGUCAUUUGAAAUGUACCUUUUUCUUCUUCUUUUGUUCAGUCGGCGAUAUAAAUUCGACAAAGCCUCAGUAAAUAAAAGUGUACCACUGAGUGAUUUUCCAAACAGGAACCUCAUUGGAUAAAAAGAACAUUUGUAUAAUGCCUCUCUUUCUCUCUCUUAGAAAAGAGCAGAAGUUUAUUUUUAAGCUAAUUGGAGAGGCUUUAAGAGCUAUCGGUAUUUUGUCGGCGAACAUCUGAAGGAAAAAAAUGGCCAAUAAUAAUACAAGAAAGCAGAGAAAAUGUAAUGUUAAAUGUAUAUUAUUGUUGUAUGGACGGCUACCUCACCAUUGUCAUUUUCAAGUUCUUUGGGGUAGUUUUGGGGGUUUUAAAAGGCUAGCCACCAGGUUUCAGUUGAUGGGGGACAGCAGAACAGAGUUUCAAGUUUAGAUAAAGGUGCUAACUGUGUAUUUUGGGUUUUUUUUAAUUUUUAGUCUGCUAUGUUAAUUUCAGGUCCCAUGGCAUUCUUUAUUAAGGUGGUGAAAUCCUUUUUUUUUUUAAACCUCACCCCCACCUAAUGUGUUGCUAACAGGGACCAUCUGGUGCUAUAGGAAUGAGGUUAUUUGAGAGAGAAGCCAAUUUGGUGCCUUGCUGCCCAUUAGAUGCUUGUGAAUUUUCAAAAGGUGCUAUUUUUUUUUUAAACAAGCAAAAAAAAAAAUUUCCAGGAUGAGGGAAAAAAAUCAAACAUUGCUACAAGGGAUCAAGGUCUGAGCAGUUUCUGUCUUUCUCUUGUAAAGCAGGUGGAAUCCCCCAUUGGCUUGUGUUUCUCCCAUUCAUCCGGCUCUUCUCCACUGCCAUCCUGCUGUGCUUUUCCAUCUCUCUUUCCACCCUGCAAAAGCAAAUUCCUGUGCCAAGCCUCUCUUGUUCUCUCAUAAUCCUCAUUUGCUGCUGACACAUCCAUCCUUCCCUCUCGUUUCCCUCUUCUCUUCCACUCUCCCAUCCUCCCCACCGACUUUAAUUCUGUUCUCUUUCCCCCUCUCCACAUGUCUUUCGGUGGGUUUCCCAUUCAAGCAAACCCAAUUCCUUAACAAGAGGCAGAUGUUCUAGGGAGUGUGAGCGACCGAAGAUUCUGUACCUAUUUUGUAUAUGUAUAAUAAUUUGAGAUGUUUUUAAUUAUUUUGACUGCUGAAAUAAAGCAUGUGAAAUGAUCCAAA